GCACACAGCAACAUCGCUACAAAUUUUGCUCUCCCAACCUACCACAGCCACCAGACACACACUCAAGCAACUCUUGCUUCUCUACAUUAAACAUAAGCUACCCCUUGCUCUUUUUCACAAAGAUUCUUUCUCACCCCAAUCUUUCAUAUAUCUUGAGACUUGCUUUCUGAUGAAGAUCGGUGUCAAACCUUCAGAUUUGGCAUACCACGUUUUCUGCCCUUUCUAUCCUCUCACUCUACACAAAGAAGAGACGUUGGCAGACAUUUUGCGUUUUCCAAAGUAUUCAAGAGAAGCAUUCCUCAAGGAUAUCGCUGCUCAUUUUGAUUCCAAACCUGUUUCUGAAUCGGACUCUGUCGACUCAACUCCAUUACAUUCCGCGCAAGACUCGGAACCUUCGGCACUGGCUCAAAAGGCUUUUCAACUUGCUGAGCUCCGCACAAAGGAGUGGAUUUUCGGCGGUGACUCUUCUGUGGAAGGACUUUCCUACGAUUAUUCACAGACAUCUGGGACUGAUAAUUCAGACAGUUCUAGAGAUACAAACUCUUCUUCAGAGCAGAACUGUAAAUUAACUCUUCUGCAACACGCUUGGACAAGGUUGUGGACAGCACUGUUACAUAAGGAGUACAACAGCAUUGAUUUGGAAUUAACAGACUUGCUGCUAAAAUAUUAUUCAAUUCAGGCGCCUACUUUGACCAAGAAGGCAGAAAAACGAGAAUAAUGGUUCAUUAUGAGCAAAGAAAGCCGCGGCUGGUGCUUAGAAAUGUACAGGAUAGAGAAGCCGAUUCUCCAAGGUUAGUUUUAAGGCAACAAAGACAGGAGCCUCCAUUCUCAAAUGGCAACAAUACAGCAAACUUACCACUGCAAAUGGCCUAUCUUCCACAACCUUACCAUGGUCAAUAUCAGAAUAUGGUCUCCAGCUCUUUGCAGUAUGCUACUUUACAAUCUCAGCUGCCAAUGACAUAUAACGUUCCGCUGAACAUCAAUAUGACCCCUGGCCAUGUGGCAUUGCAGACAGUUGAUCAUCGUAACUUGACUACCCAUAGCGGCCGAGGUCUUGAAGGAGGCGAGGAAAUGUAUGCUGGAUGUACUCCCGUUGUCGAGGAGCGUCGGGAUGAGCACACAGGGAGGGUAUCCCCACGAGUUGCUUUACGCACUAUGAUGCAGCAAGCUCUUAGACCAAGUGAACAACGCGAAAAGUUUGAACGCCAAACACAUUAUACUCAGCAUUCUCACUAUCCUCGAGACAUGUUUGGAUUAAGCUCGCGUGGCGUCAGUGUGGCAUCAGAUACUUCGAUUUGUCUCCAUAUUGACAGAACUCUUGAGGCUAGUAUUCGAGAGCAGCUUGCUCGUUCUGGUCUACUCCGAGAUUGCCCAGACCCGGAAUAUGUCAACAGGCCGAUGGCAGUAGAUCCUUCGAUUGUCUCGUGUGGACGAGCCUUGAAGCAGCAAACACCAUUUCAUAAUCACAGACUCCAAUAUUCUUUCAGUCAGCCGCAACCUUUUGAAGAAAUCAAAAUUAACCGAGAGCUCUCACGGCCACCUCUUUCAAUCAGCACGUCACCUUCCAAAGUUCCAAAAAAUACAGGGAUUCCAACUUAUAAAACAGUUGUGGCACAUUCAAGUUCUCCACAAAUUCAGAACUACAGGGGUGUCGAUUCGGUGAUCAAAGAACCCAAGAGAAGAGAUAAUCCACAGUCGUACAAGGUCGAAGCGGGAUCAAAAUUCUUGACCAAAGAUGACUACACUCCUACCAAAAGAAUCGUUGGCUACUUUAUAGAGUCUUCUGGCGAAAGCCCUAAAUCUGCCAAGAGGUACCCCAUUCAGUCUCUUAGCAGUCAUGAAGAGACAACGCCCAAGCCUUUCAGAUACCCUGUCAAAAAUCGCUUGGGUGGUGCUUCUGAACCAGAAAUGACACAGUCUCUCAUCAGAGAUGAAAAAUACAAAGCGAACAAGAGUGAGGAAACACCCAAGGUACCGGCACCUUUGACAGAAACCACCGAGGACGAAUCUCCCAUUGAGCCGGUUGAGGCUAUCAACACAUGUGUUGCUAGUCCCAAGAAGCAAGCUUAUGUUACAGUACAAGAAGUGUCGGAUGAUGACCGCAUUGAAAGUCUAGGUGGCAACAAUAAGGCAGAUUUACUUGAGGACUGCAUUAAAUCUCUGGCUACAUGGGAGAAAGGAGAUCGUAAAGUUCUUCUUAAGCUAUUGAAGAUUCUGAAAAGACUUGAUGAUGAAGAUGAUGCCAAGCCUAUCGAGGGUCUAAGGAAUACCUAUCCUACUAAAAGCAGCUCAAGAAAAGAAAAAGAACCCAGCUCCAACAACAGUCUUAACCCCAAGGCGGCAUCUUUCAAAGACUUCAGUUCUGCGCGAGAUCAUAUCACCGACACCCACCAUGAGCGGCGAGGUCUCUCGUUACAGGAAGAAAUUAUACCAACCUCAAAUGAAACAUUACCGAUGUUUUACCCGAAACCCCUAAUGCCGAUAGAACCGGUUUGGAUCAAGACUCAACAAAGGAAAUUCAUAACACCACCAAAUCUUCCCAUUCCAUUCAAAACACAUGUCGGUCGCAAGGUACCAGUCAAGACGACCCUGGAUCCACCUCCAAAUGAAGACGAUGAAGGAAGAGUAGCCAAGGCAAUGGACCCUCGUCUAGCAGGGCCACUUCUUACUCGAUUCUACAAUAAAUAUCCGUUGACUGGUACGGUGUGUCCAAAUCCACCUUCACCUCCUCCAGCCGCCGUGAAGAAUGCUGCAGAGAUUCAAGAGGAGCUUGAACGCCUUUUGUUGCAAGAAAAGGAAAAGAAGGCUUUUGCAAAUCCUUCAACCCUUAAAACUCGUUCAUCAAAGGGAGCUGGAGCCAGAGCCAGUGGAGCUGAAACUUUGAAGUUUGCUCAGUGAUCAAUAAUGAAUAAUGAAUCACGGAUAAUGGAUUAAAAAAGCGGAAGUAUUGAUUAUAAUAGUAUAUCACUAUUUCUGACAAUAGUAUUAUUUUAAGAUAGCGGCGAUGCUUACGCAGAGCAAAACGAAGCAGAGAAGCAGAAAGCCCUUGUGUAUGAUUAAUAAUUGUGGUAGUCUUGAAUUUUAGCCCUUUUUUUACUUGCGAUUCAAUGCUUGUAUGUCUUCUGUUUGCAAUAUUUGCUGCGUGAUCAACUUCCUUAUAUUUGCUUGAUGCUCUAGGAAUAUCCAUCGAUACUUGAUUGCUCUCAUAAUUGGUUUCAAGAUAUCAAAUAUACACAUAUCAAUGAGGACA